ACACAUUACACAAUACAAUCACGUCAAGAAAUGUGAAGAAAGUGCGACCGAGGUUGUAAAAUUCUCCGACGUGAGCAGCCAGUCAGCUGACUUCGCCAGGGGAGCAGCGCUGGAUUCACAACAGGAAACAAGUUCCUUCAUUUUUAGAAGUAACCAUGAAGAAGAAUAAAGGCAAGUCAGGUGACGCUGAUGAAAAGGAGUUUGUGUUUGAGUUCAGGGCAGGAAAACACAACUGUGUACUGAAGGUGCCUCUGAAGUUCCCUGUUCACGAGAAUGUCAGCGACCUUCACGGACGCCUGAUGCUGCUGCACAAAAUACCCUGCUACAUAGAGAACGAGCUCAAAACCUCACUUUCCAACUUCAUUGAAAGCGAGACCAUUCUGGAUUAUGACAGAGAGGCAGAGUUGGCUUUACAGAAACUCACCACCGGGGAUGUAGACGUCAACCAGCUCACUAACGCAUGGACCCGCUCCUACAUGGAGACAACGCUGGAGCACGCUCGGCCUGAAGAGCCCAGCUGGGACGAGGACUUUGCCGAUGUUUACCACGAGCUGAUCCACUCUCCUGCCUCGGAAACUCUCCUCAACCUGGAGCACAACUACUUUGUUAGCAUCUCUGAGCUCAUCAGUGAGAGAGACAUGGAGAUCAAGAAGCUUCUGGAGAGACAAGCUGCUGAGAUGAAAAAAGUGAUGCAUGAGCUGGGGAACACGCUGUGUGACCAGGAUGUAAACACAGUGGCGGCUCAGCACUUUAAAGCUCGGCAGGUGCUGGAGAGCAAAUGGACCAGUGAGCUGAAGCAGGUCACCUGCAUCCAGAAGCAGGAGUACCAGGAGUGGGUGGUCAAGCUGCACCAGGACCUCCAGAAGUCCAACAACAGCAGCAAAAUCAAUGAAGAGAUUAAGGUGCAGCCCAGUCAGCUGUCAGAACCCACGGAUUCUGGGUCGAGGAUGUUUGAGGAGCAGCCUCAGCUGGAGGAGAGCUUUACCAUACACUUAGGGGCUCAGCUAAAGACGAUGCACAACCUGCGUCUGGUCCGGGCGGAUGUGCUCAACUUCUGCAAGCAUCGGCGACACGGCAGCGGCGGAGAAAAGCUGCGUCGGCUGCAGACGGCGCUGUCGCUCUACUCCUCCUCCCUCUGUGGUCUGGUGCUGUUGGUGGACAACAGGGUCACCUCCUACAGUGGCAUCAAGAGAGAUUUUGCCAUCGUGGCAAAGGAGUGCACAGACUUCCACUUCCCCUGUCUGGAGGAGCAGCUGGAGGAGGUGCAGCAGGUGGUGCUGUAUGCCCGAGCACAGCGCAGCAGCAAGCAGAAAGAACAACCUGGUCAGGAGAUUCCAAAGAAUGGAGGUGAUGAGAAGAACAAAAAUGUAGAAAGAAACCCUUCGAACAUCUUACCAGGGGAGUUCUACAUCUCCCGCCAUUCCAACCUGUCAGAGGUCCACGCCGUCUUCCACCUGUGUGUGGACGACAACGUGCGAUUAGGCAACAUCACAGCGCGUGACCCGGCCAUCAUGGGCCUGAGGAACAUCCUGAAAGUCUGCUGCACACACGACAUCACCACCAUCACCAUCCCCCUGCUGCUGGUCCACGACAUGUCAGACGAGAUGACCAUACCGUGGUGUCUGAAGAGAGCGGAGCUGGUUUUCAAAUGUGUCAAAGGCUUCAUGAUGGAGAUGGCCUCCUGGGAUGGAGGAAUAUCUCGCACAGUUCAGUUUUUGGUACCACAGACUAUUUCUGAGGAAAUGUUCUACCAGCUGAGCACCCUGCUGCCUCAGAUCUUCCGUGUCUCCUCCACCCUGACUCUCACCUCAAACACUGAUGGGUGAAGAUGCAUCAACGUGGCGUUCACAGAACACAAGACUUUAUUUUGAACCACGUCGACCAGUCGUGUUUUUUUUUUUUCAGUUGAUGACUGGCGGAGAGAGUUUAUGAAAUAACCAUGGGUGUUUUGAUGGACUCGCAGUACUAGUAGGUGGUACUUACACACAUCCAAAAAGACACUUUGCACCAUUUUAAAUAUACACACGGGCUAUGAAUACUUCUAACUAGCACUGUUGAGAGGAGGACUGGAACCCAUGGGUCACGCAGAAAAAUAUCUGCUGCAGUUAUUACACCAAACUUCCAGGGUGUGGUUCUGGUGACGGGCUUUACGACUUGAGCCACCGGUGCAGCUAAAAAAAAAAAAA